CCCUGCCAUGCUCUGCCUUACAAAAAAAAAAAAAAAAAAGGCUGUGUACCGUGCACCCGUACGAUCCAGGAUCCAUCAGAGAAGGCCGCACAUGCGGCAUAAGUCAACGCUCAUCUCCCCUCUCCUCCGGGAUUCUUCGUCCGCGAACAAGGAGCAUUAUACAUCGAGCGUCCCCAUCGCCAAUGGACGUUUAAUAUAUUCUAGACCCCAUCUACCUGCCUGUCCGCGCCAUUCACGUAAGUACGAAUCAGCCCAAUUACUUUGCUCCUUCUACUUAGCGAAUUCCAAGGUAGCCAAGUGAAGAGAGGAUGCUGGUAGGCCGACAAGUCGAAGCAGAGAGUCUCCAUAAAAACCAAAGAAGUACCAAUGUCGGAUGAACCAGGCUGUAUGAGCAAGUGGUCGUCUUCCCUCUGUACUUAGGCGCCUCGCUACUCUCCAUGUUAGAGCCGUAUUACUUCCAUUGGUGCCUCGAAAUAGUUAAGAGGUGCAAUGACAAGUAUGUUCAGAGACUCAGACUCUUUCCUAAGUUCUGCUAUGUUGAGCCUUGCUCUAUCAGUCGUUCUUUUUCCCCACUCGUCCCACACCUGUCACCCAUUUAGGCGCUUCAAGGCGGCCGCACGGAAAGAGAGAGAGAGAGACAGAGACCAGACAGAGCAAACCACACUACGGAGUACCUUGGACGAGUUUCUGGGAAACAGGGAGACGUUCUGCUCCGGUGGGCUGUAACAUCGCUACGGAUACAGCCU